CCACACCCUAGGCUGUUUAGGACCUCGCGGUGGAGAGGCGGGGCGUUAGGCGGCCAGGACGGUGACAGGUGCGCCCCUUGGCCAAUGGCAGGACCGACGCCCCUCCCCAGGCACCCGCAGUGCGCGCCAAUCGGAGGCCGUGUUGAGCUUCAAGUGCGCGGAGGGGCGCGGGUCUCCACCACCGCGCCAGCGGCCUCGGCGCGUUUGCGUGCGGGCUGGAACGCUGAAAGCUGGCCUCUGCUGCCCAGAUGAGCCAAAGCGCUCGCGAAGGCGUUCGUGCCAGCGAGGGCGAGCGUGUGUGAGCUCGGCCCGGGGCGGGGCCGCACUGAAGAGGCGCGGACCAUGGUCACCCUCGGCUGAGUUCCCGGCGGCGACUUUGAUUAUUGGCAAAUAAUCACUAACAAUACCCAGCCUGCAGGCUUGCCGCGCCACGCAGACUCCGCGAGCCGGCACACGGCCGCGUCACCCACCACCGGGCCCUGAUCUCCAGCCCCAAACGAGCCGAUGGAAAAAUCCAAAAAUUUCCGCAUCGACGCCCUGCUGGCGGUGGACCCCCCGCGAGCCACCUCCGCGCAGAACUCGCCACUGGCCUUGGUCACGUCGCUCGCGGCUGCAGCAUCUGGCCCCGGCGGUGGAGGCGGCAGCGGUGGCGGCGGGGCAAGCAGCGGAGCGAGUGGCAGCUGUAGCCCCGCGUCCUCGGAGCCGCCCGCGGCUCCAGCCGACCGUCUGCGCUCCGAAAGCCCUUCACCGCCGCGCCUGUUAGCUGCACACUGCGCUCUGCUACCCAAGCCCGGCUUCCUGGGCGCGAGCGGAGGCAGCGGCGGUGGCGCGGGCGGCGGACCCGGGGGCCCCCACCACCACUCGCACCCCAGCGCAGCAGCGGCCGCCGCCGCAGCAGCCGCAGCCGCAGCGGCGGGGAGCCUGGCUCUGGGGCUACACCCGGGGGGCGCACAGGGCGGCGCGGGCCUCCCGGCGCAAGCAGCACUCUAUGGCCAUCCGGUGUACGGCUACUCGGCGGCGGCAGCCGCCGCCGCGCUGGCCGGCCAGCACCCGGCGCUGUCCUACUCGUACCCACAGGUGCAGGGCGCGCACCCUGCGCACCCCGCCGAUCCCAUCAAACUGGGCGCCGGCACCUUCCAGCUAGACCAGUGGCUGCGUGCGUCCACCGCAGGCAUGAUCCUACCCAAGAUGCCCGACUUUAACUCCCAGGCACAGUCGAACCUCCUGGGGAAAUGCCGCCGACCCCGAACCGCCUUCACCAGUCAGCAGCUGCUGGAGCUGGAGCACCAGUUCAAGCUCAACAAGUACCUGUCGCGGCCCAAGCGCUUCGAAGUGGCCACCUCACUCAUGCUCACAGAGACCCAGGUCAAGAUCUGGUUCCAGAACCGGCGGAUGAAGUGGAAACGCAGCAAAAAGGCCAAAGAGCAGGCGGCGCAGGAGGCGGAGAAGCAGAAGGGCGGCGUGGCGGGUAAAGGCGGCGGCGGUGCUGAGGAGAAGGCAGAGGAGGAGCCGCUGGGGCCACCCGCGUCCGGGGACAAGGGCAGCGGACGCCGACUGCGAGACUUAAGGGACAGUGACCCCGAGGAGGAGGAGGACGACGACGACGAGGACCAUUUCCCCUACAGCAACGGCGCCGGCGCCCACGUCCCCUCCUCCGACUGCUCCUCCGAGGAUGACUCGCCACCUCCGCGGUCCGGCGCGCUCGGCCACCAGCCCCCUGCCCAGUAGGAGCCCCUGCGGCCCUGCGGGCAGGGGCGCGCACCGCACCGCUCCGCCCUAGCCAGGGGCCGCGCCAGGCCUCCAUCCCGCGUCCGGCG